AGGAAGUCAUACAUUUGUUGCUGCUGUGAUACCCCCGUCGACCCUUGCUCUGUUCACGAUGUGGGAACCAGUAGUUGUCCCCUUUCAGAACUCCCAGCCUCUGGCUUUUCUACCUACAGCAGAUAAAAUCCGCGCUUGUACCAAUGUUCUGUGGGAUAUCAUGGCCUCCAAUAUUGUGGCGCUGAACGACGAUAUUGUUAUAAACUAUGGGGGUCCUAAAAACACCUGGCAAGGCCAGACUUUGCUUUACCUUGAACGACACAUACCAGAAGUUCCGGCCCCUCGACUGUACGCGAUGUACUAUGAUUCCAAUCAAUUUAUCUUAAUCAUGCAACGCCUUCCCGGGGUGCAGCUGAAGGAUGACAUUAUCGUCCAACUCCCACUAAUAUUCGACGCAAUCAGAAAGGCCGAGUGUCCAUGGUCCGACUUUUUCGGAGGCCUGGACGGGGCGGCGUACAUCACUACCUAUACUAUAGCCAACUUGCGCAAUAAUCUGGCAGACUACAAGGCUCGCUUUUACGAAAUACACAUCGCUAGCGUCUAUCAAGGUCACUGGCCAACAUUGACACAUGGGGAUGCUCAGCAGAAGAACAUUAUGGUCGUGGAUAAUAUAAGUUGCCCAAACUAUCAAGGUGGGCGAUCAUUUGACAUCGUACUGGAUGAAGACUGGUCCUGGCGAGUCCAGGAGUUUGUUCAAGUAUGGCCCGCCGAGAUGGCCAUAAUGCAACUGAACGACAAGGAUCUAGGCAGGUGA